CCACUACUUACCCAAAUAGCCAUUCCCUAUGGAGAUGCAAUAAUUUCCCAUGGCGCAGGUUCUUAACCAACGCCCUCCACCCACAGCCGGCCAACGCCGGUCCUCGACUCGUUUGGACUUGUCUCCCAUCCGACUCAGCCCCACGACUCGCCAUCGAAGCGCUGACCAAAGCUGGACUUCUCUGCAGCGAGAGCUCAACUACAAUGGCAGAUUCUAUUGCCUCUUCUCAGAUAAUCGUAAACAGGCCAGAAAAGCAUUAGACGGUGCACUUGGUGGAAAGAAAAGUGAGUUUGAAAAAUGGGACAAAGAAAUUAAGAAGAGGGAGGAGUCGAGUGGAGGAGGUGAUGCUGGUGGAGGAGGUUGGUUUAGAUGGUUUGGUUGGUCCAAUGAUGACAAUUUCUGGAAGGAAGCACAACCAACAAGCCUUGCCAUAUUAGGCAUUCUGGUCCUGUCCCUUAUAAUUGCAAAAGGUGAAUUGUUACUUGCCGUUAUCUUCAACCCAUUGUUGUUUGUUUUACGUGGAUCAAGAAAUGGAUUCACAUUUAUAACAUCAAGGAUUUCAAGAAAUCCAGCUGGUCGUGCCAAUUUUGAAAACAUUCCCGCGCAAGCAUAUACCCCGGUUUCUGCUAAAGAGAGUGUAGUGAGAAAAUGGGGAAGCGAUUGAUAUUUCAUCUUAGUUCAAACAUCACUUGAAUCCUGCAUGUUGCUGGUGGAAGCUAUCAUUGUAGCCUUGCUUUUGUAUUUGAAAUGCAAAUUUUGCAGAAGACACCUCUUUGUUUUUGACAUGUCCUGACUGCUAGAGAAUCUAUCUACCUUCAGCGAAGGGUUACUUUUGUUUCUUAUUCUACCUACUUGACGGACGGUUGAACCUGUAAUGAGUUCUUUUAUUUCAAUUCUAACCGAGAAAUAUGAGUAUCAGUAUAUUUUGAAACAGCUCAUCAUAUUUGUAGAACACUUGAAUGUCCAAGUUGAUAGUAGAAUACAAAUUGUUGUUGUGCUUGGAUAAAA